GAACCUCUUUGCGUGGAAGAUAAAUGGGCUCGCCACUACCAUCCUUGCAUGAGAAGCCUUCGAUCGGCAUCAAUUCAAAUGACCUAUGUCUAUUUAGUGCAUGAUGUGAUGCAUAUCUCGACUGACUCCAACACUUUGCCCCCACAUCUUGAUUUCGCUCGACGCGAUGACGGACAACGUAUUGUGCAUCUCGCUACUUGCCCUUCUCGUUUUCUUCACUGCUAGUCUACUGCGGAAGCAAACUGACAAUCCGAAGAGACUUCCUCUACCUCCAGGUCCUGCGAAGUACCCAGUGAUAGGCAACCUCUUCGAUAUCCCGGACGAUGUUCCUUGGGAGACCUUCUCUUCUAUGGCUCAGAAAUACGUGCAUCUGAAGAUCUUGAGUCAACACACCAUCGUUAUUUCCUCUAUGGAAGCAGCCUCCGACUUGUUCGAAAAGCGACACGCUAUAUAUUCGGACAGAUUCCAGUCCGUUAUGCUUACAGAACUGAUGGACGCGUCUUGGUUAUUCGGCCUUAUGAACUAUGGCAAUGUGUGGCGCAAGAUUCGCAAGGUCUUCCAUCGAUAUUACGGUGCAGGCAUCAUCCAACAGUAUGAUGCGCUUCGGUUUGACAUUAUCCGCACAUUUUUGAAAAGGCUUCAUGCCCACCCCGAUAAGUUCUUCGAUCAUUCACAUCUUGUGUUCGCUGCCCUGUUAAUGAACAUUACCUAUGGUGUGCGCAUUGAAGACGAGUCCAACGAACAUGUCGUUGAAGCCGAAGCUGGGCAACAGGGGUUCAACCAGGCUAUACAACCCGGCAGAUUUUGGGUGGACUAUCUCCAUAUUUUGAAGUAUGUUCCAGCAUGGAUACCUGGAGCCAACUUCAAAAGACUAGCUUCUCAAUGGCGGCAGCACAUGUAUCAUGCCCGUGACCGCCCGUUCGAUGAGGCGAAGGCUAGCUUGAUGCUAGGUACUGUGACACCAUCUAUAGUCACGCACGCUCUCGAGAACAUUGCAAACAGUCCGGACAGAGACGAGCAAGAGUUGAUGAUCCGAUACAGUCUGGGCGGUGCAUUUGGUGCGGGAGUUGAGACGAGCACAUCAACUCUUGAGUGUUUCUUCUAUGCAAUGCUAACGCACCCAGAUGUCCAGAAGAAGGCUCAAGCAGAGCUUGACAGAGUCGUAGGCCCUUCCAGGCUUCCUAUCACAAGUGAUCUACCCAAUCUACCCUACGUGGAGGCGAUACUGAAGGAGUUGUUGAGAUGGAGGCCUGUCACUCCACUAGCCCUUCCUCACUAUACUGCAACGAGUGACGAAUAUCGAGGGUACUAUAUUCCCAAGGGAUCCAUCGUGCUCGCUAAUGUGUGGCAAAUCCUGCGCAAUCCACUGAGAUAUCCUUGCCCAGACCAGUUUCGACCCGAAAGAUUCCUCAAGUCAGAUGGAAGUUUGAACCCGGAUAUUUCUGAUCCAAGUAUAGCCUGCUUUGGCUUUGGACGAAGGAUCUGCCCGGGUAGCUCUUUUGGCGUAAGCUCGCUAUUCAGCACUAUUGCUUGCGUUCUGCACACAUUCGAUAUCGCUCCGCCAUUGGAUGAAGAUGGCAAGCCAGUUGUAGUGGAACUGCAUAUGCACUCCGGCAUGAUAGCUCAUCCAAAGCAGUUCCCUUGUACAAUCCAAUCUAAUCUUUGACAGUUCCCGAUCUUCGAAAGUUCUUCGUCUCGCUGUGUUUGUUGCUCAUCCAGAGUGUAUCUUGGAGAUGACGCCAUUUCUGGUGACGCCUACGCUUAAGUCCUGGCUGGUAUCCGUCUCGGCACCCGGGUCUUGAAUUUAUCUCGUGAUGUGUUCGAGUCGGAUAUAAAGGUUGUCGCUGACUUCCUUCACGCCAGUCUUCCAGUCGUUCCUUUACAAAUGUGCUUGGAUCCCAAGGCUCAUCUGCUACACGGUCAUGGUCUCCGCAGUACACAUAUGCCCCGGCUUCAACGACAGAUUCGUCACUGACAUUAACCGUAACGGUUGUGAGCUUGUAUGUCUCCCCUUCAAAAUUGUCGACUUUCUGCCUCUGCGACAAUGUUUGUGGGCGCAGGAGAAGACCGUCAACAAAAUCGGUAGCAUUGC